AUGCCGGCCCCGGCGAGAACGGCCGUCUCGCAGCUGCGCCUGGUCCCGCGCAUAGCCGCCCCGGCCAGAAGCUUCGCGACGUCAACCGCCAGCGCCAAAGACGAGCAGUGGCCGCAACGAACACCCCUGGGCGCCUACUACACCAGCAUAUUGCGCGACCCUAUCCCCUACCCGUUCGCCCACAAGCCCGAGGAGCCGCCCAGCACCGCGGAUCCCAGCGUCCUGCCGCCGCACAGGCGGCCGACGACGCCGGCACGCGGGCGCAAACCCAGGGCUCGAAGCACCGCCGGCGCCCCCUCGUCACCGCCCGAGCCGACUCCGCCUCCGCAGACGGCGCAGGACAAGGCCCGCAUCAUAUUCGGAUCGCGGCUCCUCGGCCCGGCAGAGGAGGCGGGCAGGUUGGCCUUGAAGCAGGCCAAGUCGACGUACAUAGCGGGUGUCUUGGUGCCCCCGCGGCCAGAGGAGCCGGAUAACUGCUGCAUGAGCGGGUGCGUCAAUUGCGUCUGGGAGCGGUAUCGAGAGGACAUGGAGGAGUGGACGGCGAGUAGGAAGGAGGCCGAGAGACGGCUCAAAGCCUCCGGCAGGACGGUGGAUGCUGAAGGCGGAGGGUCCGAGACGAAUUGGAAUGCGCCGGCGGUUGGCAACGGUAAGAUCGCCAAGGAUAUGUGGGACGAGGAGGUCUACCAGAGCGUACCGGUUGGCAUCAGGGAGUUUAUGAAACAGGAGAAGAGGCUGAAGGAGAGGCAUGCGCGGGAGGGUACCGUUGGCGGUUGA